GUCUAGUACAUAGUAAAGGAAAUUGCCCAUCCACGCGACCCAGCCCCCUUUUCAACCCGACGUUUGCAAUGAGAGCAUGUGUGUGAAUACUUAAUCCUUAGACAUGAGAAGUUCAAGCUGCUAGCCGCCAAGCCAUCACGCCGGCCUCACCCAACAUCCUACUGCUCGGACCUUCCAUAUACAGGAGCGGAGAAAGCAAGGGACGAAAGCAAGGGGGAAUUUGGGGAGAGCAACCGAAAGGGCCUAACAACAUCUAAGCUUUCGACUCAACAUCUUGUCUAAACAUCCUCGGACGGGAAUUGUUCGAGUUGGAGGAAGUAGGCUUGCUACACGUUGUCUAUGUAUACAUGCUCCUAUCAUGUUACGGCAACAGAAGCUCUGUGAGAUUUGGGAUUGCCCGCGCCCAGAACCGAAGACGAUUCUUGACCUCCCGAAACACGUGAGAAGACGCAUAUAUCUGCAUUGUGGCCUUGUUACCCGGCAGAAGAUUCUCCUGGCACCAAGCGCUGCUCUUUCAAACCCUCAUGGCAGAUGUAUACCCACUGACUUUAAUCUAUUUUGCACCUGCAAGGCCAUAAGAGACGAGACUAGAGCUAUAUUUUUCGCCGAGAAUCACUUUACCAUCCCUUAUCGUCACAUAGACGAGGGACUCAAGUUUAUCCAGAGGCUGCCACCGAAAAUCAUCUCUAAACUGGCCUGGUUAUGUGUUCAUCUGCAUACCGUGCCUACUGGGAAUUCGUGGCCAGAUUUCCUUGAUGAUUACUAUCCGAGUAUAUUUACGGCAUGGCAUCCCACUCCGCUAUCGCAGUAUAGAAUCCGGCGGUGGCGAGCAGUAGCCGGGCACCUCAUGUCUCAUUCGCCGCCUGGGAUCCUGAAUCUGCAUAUAGUGUGCCAUUCAUUGGAUGAGGCAGUCAUCACGGCCGUUCUUGAGCCAUUGACCAAGCGCUCGGGAGUCCUUAAAGACUUCGAUUUUCAUCCGAGCAACACAGUGAACAUGGAUAACAUACCCCCGGCAUUUACAAGAAAAUUCAAGCUCCCUGUCAUAUUCAAGGAUCAACGCCAGAACUGCACAAAACCCUUUCGUUACCUCGACCUACCCACGGAAAUCCAAGAGAGCAUUCUCGCCAACACAGAUCUUGUCACUCCUUCAAGAGAGGUAUACUGGGACCUCGAUGGCAAAUAUAGAUAUCAUGCUGGAGGGGCUGAUGGAAUCUGCUGUAGUAGCGAUUUGCACAAGGACUAUGAACCCCAAUUUUGCAUGUCCUUACAGUGCAGGGAAACGUCCCGCGGUCCCAGCCAUAGGCACCGCUCCCGGUAUGGAUGCUGCCCCCAGUGUUGGAGACCACCGCAGUCUUUGAUGGUUGUAAGCCGAGCUAUCCGUGAGCAUGCGUUUAGGGUGCUGUGGCGGUAUAACCGAGUUAUUAUCUACCCUUGGACAGGAUAUCGCCCCACCGGGUCGUCAGAGCCUGUUCCACAACAACAGAUGCAACUCUGCAAGUUCAUCACGACAAGCCAGGCAUCGUUUCUCUUACGAAAUUUGAGAAGCUUGGAACUCUGUUUACCGAACGUGGCGUUCGAUGACCCGUUUAAUUGCAGCGUUGACUCUGACGAGCUAUCUGUCUCGAGUCCCCUGACCAACCAUUGGAUAACGGAGCUCCGUGACUACGCUGAUGUAGAAAGGUUGACGAUUACGGUCAACAUGAUGGCUCACGAUUCAAUCAGCAGAGCCACACGCACUCUGGACCCAACUCCCACGUUCUAUAAAUGUGGAGCGAAGUCAAAAUCUGUCCUACUGUUUUCUCUCGCAACGCAUAUGCGUUGUCUCCAACCACUCCAGUUGCUACGCCACAUGAAACGGUUCUUCGUUCGCUUGGAACCCGUAUACGUCGCUCAAGAGGUCUCACAAUCUCAUACGUAUCUCCCUCAUUAUUCAAGUAAAUUGGAGACCAUUUUGCUUAACUUGCGAAAUGCGGAGGUAUUGCUAGAGAAGUCGGUGAUGGGUGAGGACUAUGAUAGUGGAUUGCUUGGUAAGAGCGAGGAAAAGCCUAGCACCUGGCUUCAAAACUUUAUUGUAGUUGAAAAUGAAUCCAUCUCUACAUAUUGAGAGCUAGAAGAAGAAUGCGGUCGAAUUUUACACAGCUCUUGUUCUACCGCUGGCGGCAAAUGGACUGUGCUGGGUUUUGUUAGGGACAGGACAGGUCUGGAUAUGCAGUAGGGCCCACUCUAAAUGUGCAGUACGCAAUUGCUAGCAGGCUAUUUCAGCUGGCUACGACAUCUGCACACUGUAUACAUCGAAAAACGUACUAAAAUCAAGGGUUGUAAGGUAUGAGGUUAUCGCGAAUUGUUAACCAACGCCUUUUUUAAUCAUAUAUUUCAAAAGUACAACGUUAAUGAAAGUUAAAUUUCACAUUUCCUUAAA